CGGCCCGCGCGGGGUGUCUGGCUAGCUAGCCCGGUGGUCCCUGGCGCUGACGCCAUGUACCCCACGAACCCGCCGGCCGGCCCGACCCUGCACCCGGUCCCUCAUCGUGUUCGUCUUCCCCCUCCUCGGAGUCUUGCUGAGUCGCCGAGAUCACCGGCUCCGGGCCAGGGUCCCGUGGCGCGCCCGCCGCCCACCGCGCCCGAGCCGCGGCCCCGCGUGGCCGUAAAAAUGACUUUCCGCAAGGCCUACUCCAUCAAAGACAAGCUGCAAGCCAUCGAGCGCGUCAAGGGCGGUGAGCGGCAGGCCAGCGUGUGCCGCGACUUUGGCGUACCGGGCGGCACGUUGCGCGGCUGGCUCAAGGACGAGCCCAAGCUGCGCUGGUUUCUGGACCAGCUUGGUGGAGAGGUGGGCACGCAGCGCAAGAAGAUGCGUCUGGCCAACGAGGAGGAGAUCGACCGCGCGGUCUAUUCGUGGUUUCUCACCUUGCGCCAGCACGGCGUGCCGCUGUCCGGUCCGGUCAUCCAAGCGCAGGCUGAGGCCUUUGCUCGCCAGAUCUACGGCCCCGAGUGUACCUUCAAGGCUAGCCACGGCUGGUUCUGGCGCUGGCAGAAGCGCCACGGCAUCUCCAGCCAGCGCAUCUAUGGCGAGGCCGAGUCCCCGGCCGCAGGCCCUGCACCUGUCAAGGAGGAGCCUACACAGUCACCCGGCGCAGUUCUACCUGACCGUGCGCUGACCACUCUACCCCAUUCCGAGGGCGGCUAUGGUGACGAACAGAUCUACAACGCCAACGUUACUGGUCUGUACUGGAGGUUACUUCCGGAGCAGACCUCAACUCCAGGCGUUCGGGACUCCAGCGGGCCUAGUGGGUGCAGCCAGCGCUGGCCAGGCGACCGAGUGACAGUUCUGUUGGCCGCCAACCUGACGGGCAGCCACAAGUUGAAGCCACUAGUUAUCGGACAACUACCAGACCCACCCAGCUUGCGUCACCACAACCAGGACAAGUUCCCGGCCUCCUACCGUUACAGUCCGGAUGCCUGGCUCAGUCGUCCUCUUCUUCGGGGCUGGUUCUUUGAGGAAUUCGUCCCUGGCGUCAAGCGCUACCUGCGCCGAAGCUGCCUGCAACAGAAGGCGGUGUUGCUAGUGGCCCAUCCACCCUGUCCAAGCUGGGCCACUAGGGUGCCCGCCCUGGAGGAGAGUGAGGAGACUCCUAGGCAGUGCCAGCCUGAGCUCCUUGGGUCCCCAGAGGAGCUGCAGACACCUGAUGGUGCAGUUCGUGUGCUUUUCUUGUCCAAGGGCAACAGCCGAGCGCACAUCCCUGCGCCGCUGGAGCAUGGUGUGGUGGCAGCCUUCAAACAUUUGUACAAACGAGAGCUGCUGAGGCUUGCUGUGUCUUGUGCCAGUGGCUCCCCUCUAGACUUCAUGAGAAGCUUCAUGCUCAAGGACAUGCUAUACCUGGCUGGCCUCUCAUGGGACCUGGUCCAGGCAGGCAGCAUAGAGCGCUGCUGGCUGCUGGGUCUUAGGGCAGCCUUUGAGCCCGGGCAGCAGCCAGCCCACCAGGUAGAGGAGGCUGCCGAACGCAGCAGGGUGCUCAGUGACCUCACACAUCUGGCAGCUCUGGCUUACAAGCGCCUGGCACCUGAAGAGGUGGCAGAGUGGCUGCACCUGGACGAUGACGGGGGUCUCCCUGAGGGCUGCAGAGAGGAGGUGGUUCCCGCAGCCCCUCCUUCCCCAGCCAGCCUGCCCUCUAGCCUGGGGGCUGGAGAGGAGGAGGAGGAGGCCACUGAGCAAGGAGGAAUGUUGGUACCUACUGCUGGGGAAGCUGUUUGGGGUCUAGAGACAGCUCUGAGGUGGCUGGAGAGCCAGGAUCCUAGAGAAGUGGGAGCAGUGAGGCUAGUGCAGCUACGUUCCCUCAUUACCAUGGCACGGAGGCUCGGCGGCAUGGGGCCCUCAUCUGCAGCUUCCCAUGGUGGCGUGUAACCUCCGGGGCCCACUGGCCAUUUUCGUGCUGCACUGGGAGAGAGGGGGCAUACACAGUCUGCCGUCUUCCACCUUUUCUCCCUGGUAUAGUCCACUGUAGAGGUCCAGGGGUGCACGCCCAAUACAGCGUGGAGGAGUUCCAUCGGUAAAGGAUGCCCUGUCCCGUGAUCCACAGCAUCUUGGGGAAGUAGUUUAAAGGAGCAGAUGCUCUUUGCUGAGUAGGCACAUAUGGGCCCAUAAGCACAGCACCUACUGGAGAACAGUUGACUGUACUUCCGUUCCAGCCCCUAUGGGGCUCACCCCUACCCUUGCCCCCAUGUGCACUGGAUGAGGCUCCUGCUUCUGCCUCCCCGGUGCUGCCUGGCCUCACCUCAGUGGGAAAGCACUAGGUUUUGUUUUAAAAACAAGCAAAAACACAUUAAACCUGUUUUAAAAGA